UCGUGAAAAGCUCCCGGCAUGCCUCAGCGCAGGGCCGAGAAGAAGAAGCGUCAUGAUGGAGUCUGCUGGCGGCUAACGUGACAAAGCUGAUCCUGAACACAGUCUGACCUUCGUGUGGACACACUGACGGUAACGGGAGCACCGGGAGCACCGGGCCGUUCAUGACGACAGAGAGCUCACAGCGCAGAUCGCUUACCACCUGUUGUGCCAUCCUGCAGGUAUAACGGUGUCACCAUGGCGACAGACAUCGGCUCGCCACAGCGGUUCUUCCACAUGCCGCGCUUCCAGCACCAGGCGCCACGGCAGGUCUUCUACAAGAGGCCGGACUUCGCCCAGCAACAGGCGAUGCAGCAACUUACCUUCGACGGGAAACGCAUGAGGAAGGCUGUGAACCGUAAAACCAUCGACUACAACCCGUCUGUCAUCAGACACCUGGAGAACCGUCUGUGGCAGCGAGACCACCGAGACUUCAGAGCCGUCCAGCCCGACGCAGGAUGUUACAACGACCUCGUUCCCCCCGUGGGCAUGCUAAACAACCCGAUGAACGCCGUCACCACCAAGUUUGUUCGAACCUCCACCAACAAAGUCAAGUGUCCCGUGUUUGUGAUCAGGUGGACUCCUGAAGGACGCCGCCUGGUCACUGGAGCUUCGAGUGGAGAGUUCACCCUGUGGAACGGACUUACCUUCAACUUCGAGACCAUUUUACAGGCUCACGACAGUCCUGUGCGUGCGAUGACGUGGUCUCAUAACGACAUGUGGAUGUUGACGGCGGAUCACGGCGGUUACGUGAAGUACUGGCAGUCCAACAUGAACAACGUGAAGAUGUUCCAGGCUCACAAGGAGGCCAUUAGAGAAGCCAGUUUUUCUCCAACAGAUAAUAAAUUUGCCACGUGUUCUGACGACGGGACGGUCCGGAUCUGGGACUUCCUGCGCUGCCACGAAGAGAGGAUCCUCCGAGGUCAUGGUGCUGACGUGAAGUGUGUCGACUGGCAUCCCACUAAAGGUCUGGUGGUGUCCGGCAGUAAGGACAGCCAGCAGCCAAUCAAGUUCUGGGACCCGAAGACUGGACAGAGUCUGGCGACGCUACACGCCCAUAAGAACACGGUGAUGGAGGUCAAGUGGAACCUGAACGGUAAUUGGCUGCUGACGGCGUCACGUGAUCACCUGUGUAAGCUGUUUGACAUCAGGAACCUGAAGGAGGAGCUACAGGUGUUCAGAGGACACAAGAAGGAGGCGACAGCUGUGGCCUGGCAUCCCGUCCACGAGGGUCUGUUUGCCAGCGGAGGCUCUGACGGCUCUCUGCUCUUCUGGCACACAGGGGUGGAGAAGGAGGUCGGAGGGAUGGAGAUGGCUCACGAGGGGAUGAUAUGGAGUCUGGCCUGGCACCCGCUGGGUCACAUCCUCUGCUCGGGCUCCAACGACCACACCAGUAAAUUCUGGACAAGGAAUCGACCCGGUGACAAGAUGAGAGACAGGUACAACCUGAACCUGCUGCCGGGGAUGUCAGAGGACGGCAUGGAGUAUGAUGACGUGGACCUGAACAGCGUGGCCUCCAUCCCCGGGAUGGGGAUCCCUGAGCAGCUGAAGGCAGCCAUGGAGCAGGAGCAGAGCAAUAAAGAAGCAGCUCCCGAGGUGGAGAUGUCCAUCCCUGGUCUGGACUGGGGCAUGGACGAGGUCAUGGGCAAAGACACCAAGAAGGUCCCCCAGAAGAAAGUCCCGUACGCCAAACCAAUUCCAGCACAGUUCCAACAGGCCUGGGCGGAGAAUAAAGUUCCCAUGAUGCCGCCCGGUGGAGAUUUGUCCAAAGACCGGAAGGUGGAGCAGAAGGUGGAUGCGAAAAAGAAGACUCAGGCGGAGAUUGAGCAGGAGAUGGCAGCUUUGCAGUACACAAACCCAAUGCUGCUGGAGCAAAUGAAGAUGGACCGGAUGAACCAGAUGAACACGGAUGGGAACAUGGUCCCCCCGCAGGGACAAGGCCCCAUGCCGCCUUUCCACGGUGGCCCCGGCGGACCUGGGGGGCCGAUGCCUCCUGGUCAGCAGGGCUUUCCCCCAAACAUGCCUCCUCAGAACAACAUGGGGCCCCCUAUGGGAGGCAUGCAGCCUCCCUUCAUGCCCCCUGGACAGAUGGGGCCUCCCUCCGGACCUCAGCCUCACCAGGGCCCCCCUCAGGGCAUGAUGGGACCACCAGACAUGCAAGGACCGCAAAGUAUGCCGAGACACCCUGGGCCUCCCAGGAACAUGGGUCCACAAGGGCCUCACGGUAUAGGACCCAGAGGCAUGCAGGGGCCCCCUGGUGGGAUGAUGGGCCCCCCUCCUCGGGGUAUGGGUCCAAGGGAUCCGCAAGGACCUCCACCUCAGGGGGGCAUGAUGCCACCUCAGGGGAACAUGAUGGGCCCUCAGGGUCCCAUGCAGGGUGGGAUGAUGGGGCCCCCGCCAAGGACACAUGGCAACAUGCCAAACAAUUAUGGGAUGGGCAACAUGCAGGGGCCCCCGGGAGGGAUGCAUGGGCCUCCAGGAAAUAUGCAGGGACCCCAUGGGAACAUGCAGGGGCCCCAAGGAAACAUGCAGGGCCCCCCUGGAAACAUGCAAGGACCUCAUGGAAACAUGCAGGGGCCUCCAGGAAACAUGCAAGGACCUCAUGGAAACAUGCAGGGGGCCCCAUAUAUGCAGCACCAGGGUCAGAACUCGGGGCCUAUGAUGCACGGGAUGGGACAGCAGGGGCCCAACAGCAAAGUAGACCCUCGGGGGCCGCCGCCCAACCACCACAUGGGUCCUCCUGACAGGCAGGGCCCCGGAGGCCCCGGAGGACCGGACCAGGGCUCAGGUCCUUACUGGUCGGAGAACCAGCAGGGCCGGCGUGGACCGCAGGACUUUGAUGGAAGCCAGGACUUCCACAGCAGAGGAGAGGAGGGCUGGAGAUCUGGACCAGGAUACCAGGGAGGAGGAGGUGGAGGCCACAGAGGGGGAGGACACCGCGGAGGAGGAGGGAACGGAGGGAGCUGGGGUCCUGACGAGAGGUUCACUGGAGGAGAGUUUAGAGGACGGAGGGAUGACAGGUUCAGAGGAGGCGGCCCUGGCCGGCCCGGAGGUCGAGGUUACCCCGACGAGUACGGUGGUCAGGAGGAGGGCUUCGACAGCCAGGAGGAGAUGGGACGAGGCUGGGACAACGGAGGCCGAGGGAGGCCGCCUCGAGGAGUAGGUCCACCCAGAGGAGGAGGUCAUGACGGUUACCGGGAUGGGCAGCAGAUGCAUGAUGGGUCGUCUCCGGCGGGUCGGGAGCGCUCGUCGUCCCUGCAGGGGAUGGACAUGGCAUCUCUGCCGCCCCGCAAGCGUCCAUGGCAAGACGGCCCGGGAACCGGAGACCCCCGAGAGAGAGAGUCCCCGGGAGCUGACGGAGGUCGACCUCCUCCGAGGGAGGACGGCGGUUACGGCCCACCUGGUCGAGGCGGACGAGGCGGCUGGGGUCCAGGGGGAGGAGGACCAGGACCGGUUCCGAGGAGAGGAGGACCGGCACCCAGAGGACCACCGAGGGGGGGCGGCCGGGGCCGGUAGUCCUGAAGACAAAUACACAAACUCCCAUGAUCCUCGGGUCGUCGUCUCGUCCCUGCCGGACCCUCCACGGGCCAGAGACCAGGUCCAGAACCUGACUCAACCUUCAGACAAACUUUUGGUCAUGUGACACUUUGAGACCUCUGCUGCGUUGAAGGACGGCGGUCUCUGAUUGGUCCACACUGAGUCACCUGAGCCGACAGGUGGAGGGGGCGGGGUGUUUUACUGUAACAUACAUCAGCUUUUAUUUCACAGCCACACUUUGUCCUUUUGUAAAAGAUUUCUAUGUUUGUGUUUUCACUGAGGUGGACAAUAAAGAUUCACACUUCA